AUGUCUCAAAACUCGAAAGAUUUUAUUAAAAGCUUACUAUACAAUAAACCGAAGGAGCUAUUCUGUAGAGUUUGUCUUCAGCCAGUGCAAGAAAUUCAUGCCGAGGACAUUUUUACUAGAAUUUGCAAUGCAGAUAUGGAGUUUUCGGUGACAGAAGUAAUAGAGAACAUUUUCGGGAUGCAGUUACCCUUAGUGGCCUGUGACAAAGUUUGUCAUACGUGUUUAAAGCUAGCAUCUUCAACUUAUACAUUUUUUAAAGUAGCCCAAGAGAGUUGCAGAGUAUUAAAUACAUAUGUUACAGAAUUGUUGAGCCAAUCAUUUACUAUUAACAUAUCUGACAAGCAAGCAGUUCUUCUAGUACCAGACUUAUUACAAUCUAAAGAAGACUUAAACAAUCUCCUUAAACCAAUCUCUGAGAACACCUUAAAUAAAGAACUACAUACAAAUAAUGUGAUUCUAAAGCUUGAAAAUAAUUUAAAUAAGGGUGGAGAAAAAUUGGAUAAAGGUGUAACAAAAAAGAGAAGAAGAUGGAAAAGAAAACCAAUGACGUCAAUAGUUUGUAUGCAAUGUCCGGUUAAGUAUAGGUUCCUAGGCAAACUGAAAGAACACAUGAGAAUGGAACAUGGUGUCGACAUUCACAUUUGCAAGGUAUGCAAAGCUUGCAUAGUAGACGAACAGGAAUUCCAAAAUCAUUUAAGAACACACACAAACAAGCAUAUAUGUGAGAUAUGUACCAUGGUAUUUAAGAGCCGAGAUGGCAUAAUUAAUCAUUUAAAAUGGCAUGAUGACAUUAAAAACCUCAUAAACUCCGGUCAAGGAAAUAUUUGUGAGACAUGUGGCUUGGUUUUUGAAGAUGAAAUAAGUUUGGCUGAACACAAUGACAGUAGCCAUGUGAAGAAAUAUACAUGUUUUUACUGUGGGAAGAUGUAUAAAGGAGAACUUGGAUUUGAAUCACAUAUUAAAAAACACGAGUUACAUAUGGCUAAGAAUGGUGCACCUGAUAAACUGAAAGAAAUAAAACCAAAGGAAAGCAAGAGAAGAAAAUUCACAUGCUGCCAAUGUGGAAAGUCAUUUAAACAUGAAAGGACUUUAAUGUUCCAUGAAAGAUUGCAUACCAAUGAUCGCCCAUAUACUUGUGAGGUUUGCGGUCGAAGUUUCGUCACAGUUAACCGUCGGAAUCAACACUCGUUGUGUGCCCACACUGCACCCACCCGCCGCUGCCCUCUGUGCCCAGCUCUCUUCCAUUUGCGCUCCAUGGUCAAUACUCAUAUUAAAAAAGUCCAUCUGAAGGCACACAAGCGUCGUCAACGAUCGCCCAAGAUCCAAAAUGUAUACUGGAGAACAAAAACCGUCCCGAUACAGGAGCUGAGCGUGGCCAUACAAGAUGAUGUCUUCAAUUUAGAUUACAAAAAGAAAACAGAUUUCUUUGUGGGUAGUUAG